UCUGCCCAAUUUCCAAUCUCCAUAAUCGCUUUGGGGUGGAUUAAGCUUACAGUUGCAUAAAAUGGUCAACCUCCGUUCUCAGAAGCGACUUGCUGCCGCCGUCCUCAAGUGCGGCAAGCGCAAGAUUUGGCUCGACCCCAACGAGGUCACCGAGAUCGCCAAUGCCAACUCCCGCAAGAACAUCCGCAAGUUGGCUAAGGAUGGCCUGAUCAUCAAGAAGCCUCAGGUCUCUCACUCGCGAUUCCGUGUCCGUGAGAAGCUUGCUGCCAAGCGUCUCGGUCGCCACACCGGCACCGGUAAGCGCCGCGGUACUGCCGAGGCCCGCAUGCCCACUGCCGUCCUCUGGAUGCGCCGCAUGCGUGUCCUCCGCCGCCUCCUCCGCAAGUACCGAGAGUCUGGAAAGAUCGACAAGCAUCUCUACCACUCUCUCUACCUGAAGUCCAAGGGUAACGUCUUCAAGAACAAGCGUGUCCUCAUGGAGUACAUCCACAAGGCCAAGGCUGAGAAGGCUCGUGCCAAGCUCCUCGCCGACCAGGCUGAGGCUCACCGCAACAAGUCCAAGGCUGCUCGUGAGCGUCGCCAGGAGAGACUUGCUGCCAAGAAGGAGGCUCUUCUCGGCCCGGUCGAGCAGAAGUAAUGGACUCCGCAGCACGGAGAUGGGUAGUUCAAUAAAAGGCUUGUUUUUUGUACAAAGCAAAGGCUUUGCGGAUGCAGCUCCAAUACAACCUGUACAGCAAA